ACUACAAACGCGACAGGACGCGACCAUUCAGUAUCGGUAGUCUUCUGUCGUUACGCGUGUUUUGUUCGUUUUGCUCAAAAAAAUGUCUUCAAAAACCGCCUCGAAAAAAUCUCCGAAAGACCGAUUUAAGAAGUAUCUAAAACGUUACCAGAAGAUGCAGGAAACGUUGAGAAACACAAAUUUUGCCAAAGCGUACAAUGCCAUGCCCACCAAGGAUUACCUAGCGGAUGAAGCGUUCAAAGCGACGCUUACACCACAUCAGCAAAAAUCGAUUCUAACCGUGGGUGCAGCGGAACGGCGUAAGUUGCUGAAGAUCCAUGCGGCAAAACUGGUCCGCGAUGCCAGAAACACGUACCUGGAGAACAAGGACUUCGGCGAGUACAAUGCAAAGCUGGUGGAAGAAACAGAUGAAGCAGCACACAAAGCCACCACUGAGUAUUUCGAGGACAGAAACAAAGUUGAUGAUAUGAUCCUGAUUUCGAUGGAUACCGAAUAUUAUUUGACCCUAGUCCAAAACGGUACGGACCCCCGCUGUUUCAUUGAACUUUUUUAAUUAUUUCGGAUUUAUGAACGGUCGACAACAACAAUCGAAUUUUCUCUGCUUUAUUCAACAUAAAUAAAUAUGUAAAACGUUAA